UAAUAGACUUUGACUUGUUCAUUUCAUUUUGGCGAUGGCGUGAUGCUGGCUCGUCGUUAUGUUCCGGCUGCAUACGCUAGGUAUGGUAGAAGUAGAACGAAAAGACAAAGGCGGACAUCAACCUGUCGAACGCGGUGAGGACGAAUAGGCGAGCUCAUCUGCAUGUCUUGGCUGCAUUGCAUGCAUGUACAACAUGUUAUCGUUCGCUAAACCAUGGAACCCGAGGAAUAGGUGCAGAUGCUAUUCACUCCAAGUAUAAUCUCCAUUUCUUUCUCCCUGUCGAACCCGGAUGCUAAUCGCUAUCCCUCUACCGAGCAUGUGUACAAGCCUCUCAGACACUCCGGGCUGUGCGUCGUUAUACGGAGAAUUUCUGUAUUGAAUGUCUCUGUCGGAAGCCGAUCCCAGGCCUCUGCAGUGUUACCAACGGCCCCCUCCUUGCAUCCCUAUUCGACUCACGGUGAGGCUGGAAUGAGGUGUCUUCCUUUCGAAGACACUGUGCUCAAAGCAACGAAGGUACCUAGGUUCUCCAUCAAGCGACCGGACAAUCAUUAUCCGAGAGUUCGACAUGAUUGACCAGGCAUCCUCUCAAGCAAGACCAAACGGGCUUCGUGGCCCUCCUGAGAUUUUCGACGUUGGCCCCGGAUUAAAGUAAAAGCGCACC